AUGAGUCUAUAUUCGUUCAUAAAGAGAUUUUCAAGUAACCAUCCACUGUUAAUCUAUGCACUUGUAUGGACUGUGUUGUUAACAAUCACAGUAGCAAUAUCCUCAUUAUCACCUGAAAUUGCAUUCAUGUCAGCUAUAUCACCAACUUCAUCGUUUUCAACACAACAACAACAUAAUCAAGGGUCAUGUAAGAUUGAAGAAGGUUACAUAAGAGUACCAAUUGAUAACCCAGGUGAAGUUUUAUGUUUUCCUGCUCAUUUGUUUGUAAAAUCUAGAAUGGAUUAUUUUGUACCUCCAAUUUUUGCUGCUGCUGUUGUUGCUGGGUCUGCUUUUGUUGUCAAGGCUAUGGGAUUAUGGGAAGAUUAG